UAGGCGGAAGUCGGGCCUCUUUGCCGUGGCGCCUCGCGGGGGUCAGCCGCUUCAAGAUGAAGCUGAAUAUCUCCUUCCCAGCCACUGGCUGCCAAAAGCUCAUCGAAGUGGACGAUGAGCGUAAACUUCGAACUUUCUAUGAGAAGCGCAUGGCGACUGAAGUAGCUGCCGACGCUCUGGGCGAGGAGUGGAAGGGCUACGUGGUCCGGAUCAGUGGUGGAAAUGACAAACAAGGCUUCCCCAUGAAACAAGGUGUCUUGACCCAUGGCCGGGUUCGCCUGCUACUGAGCAAGGGGCACUCCUGUUACAGACCCAGGAGAACUGGGGAAAGAAAACGCAAAUCAGUGCGGGGCUGCAUUGUCGAUGCCAACUUGAGUGUUCUCAACUUGGUUAUAGUAAAAAAAGGAGAGAAAGAUAUUCCGGGAUUGACUGAUACCACGGUGCCUCGUCGCCUGGGACCUAAGAGAGCAAGCAGAAUUCGCAAACUUUUCAAUCUCUCAAAAGAAGAUGACGUGCGCCAGUAUGUUGUGAGAAAGCCCCUAAACAAAGAAGGUAAGAAACCUAGGACCAAAGCACCCAAGAUUCAGCGUCUUGUUACACCACGAGUUCUCCAGCACAAACGCCGGCGCAUUGCUCUGAAGAAACAGCGGACUAAGAAGAAUAAGGAGGAGGCUGCAGAAUAUGCGAAACUUCUGGCCAAGAGAAUGAAGGAGGCCAAAGAAAAACGCCAGGAGCAGAUCGCCAAGAGACGCAGGCUGUCUUCCCUGAGAGCAUCUACUUCUAAGUCAGAGUCUAGUCAAAAAUAAGGUUUAAGAAUAAUGAAUAAAUAAGAUUGGAUUUCA